AUGGAUAGAUGUGCCUCAUCAGAGGAGUGGGACCUCAACACUCUGGCCAUCACAUAUCCUGACAAUACUCAGACAGACAAUGAGCAGCCAGCUACAGAGAACAGUCAGGAGACCAGUGACAGUACUGUCAGUCCUCCUCAAACCCCUCACCACACCCCAAAGCACCCUCAGAAACCUCAAGCCCUGAAACUGCAACCACCAAAAACAAAGCUUCAGAACGAUUUGAAACGGGAAUAUCAGGACAAGUUCCGGAGGCUUCCACUGGAAAUCCAAGAAGUCCUUCAGGAUUCUGCGGCUUGUCAACAGAAGUUCAGUAAUGACGGUCACUGGAACGAUCUUCCCAAUCCCACAAUGACGGAAGAACUCAACCACACGGCCGCAUCGCCAGAUGUCAACAUACAUGAGCGGUCUUCUGAGAAAGGGUUUGACACAUCACUCUGAGAUUGUCUGGUUCUCCUGUC